CUUCAGAUACCAUUCCCCGCCAAGAACCCCGGUGCGUGGUCGCAACACCUAACCAGCCUUGGAACCGAGCUGGGAAGCUGCCCAGAACCCCCCAGCCGCGAAGCAAGCAAGCCAAAACCGCCCUGAGACAUUGGAAGGACAGGGGACUUGGAGAACACGACGACAGCAACGACCCAAACACAUCCAGCCAGCGGUAGCGGCUUCGGAAUCUGCUCCUCCCUAUUUUAUCUCCUGGAUCGAUUCGAAUUGGGAUUAACCUUAAUUGUUAUUGAGCUUUCCGCCAACGCAUCGCCGUGCAACACGGUAGUUGUUCUGUCGCCAUGGUUGCGCCAGCUGUGCCCGAGUUGACGGAGGAGGUGCUUCACGAAGCAAUUGACGCCCGUACCGACUCACUGGUCUCCCUGCGCGAGCUUGGCCCUCCCGACCUUGCGCACCUAAUCAAGCAGCCCCUAAGGAGUGGAGGGAAACACACAGGCGUUUACCACCAUGUCACGGGCGUCGAUGCCUCGUCGUCAGCGAGUCUCGCCGCGUACAUCAACACACUAGCCUACAAGGAGUUCGGCCCCUCUGCCACCACCAAAACGCUGGAGGGCACGUAUUGCUGCUACAAUGCCUUCUCGCGCGUCGACAUGCGCGUGCAUGCGCCAUUCCCUGGAUCAGUGGAGAGCUUCUGCAUCGACGAACGAGGCGAGAAGCGCAAGGCGACCGACGAGCUCUGGCUUGAGACAUACUUGUGCAGCGUGCUGCGGGCAUACUCGUACGCCGACGACGGAACGGGCGACACCAUUAGGAAGAUCAUGGGCGUGAGGCGGUUCAACCCCGUAACCAAUACCGAGACCGAGCACCGCUUCCUAAGUGCGGCCGAGCACUUGUUCUUUCGGGGAUGGCAGCUGGGGUCGGACUCCAUCGUGCAGGUUCCGAACGUGGUCUCGAACCACCUCACCGCGGGCCUACUCCGAUAUUUCCACACCACCGGCAGACACACCUCGGGGAUCAACCUCUUCGAGAAACUGAGGACACAAAACGUCGAAGUGGCAUCUCUGCUGUCCAAGGUCCUAUUUAUGGGCAACGAAGAGGUUCAAGGGAUACGCAUCCUUCACGAAGCUCUGAAGCAGUCUCCGAUGGAUUAUGUUAUGCUGGAUACCCAGGCUGAGUUCUUGCUCAAAAAGGCCAAAACCGCCGCGACGCCCGAGCAAAAGGAUGAGCGACUCCGUAUGUCCCUUGGCUGCGCGGACCGAAGCACCAUUGCCGCCCCUAGCGAGUUCGGGACCUGGGCUAGGUUAGCGGAGGUGUAUGUGACGAUGGAGGAUUGGGAGAACGCCCUCACGACGCUCAACUCAUGUCCCAUGUUUACAUACCAAGACAAGGACGCGCCCGUCAUGCCGGAACCAAGAGAUAUCCAUCUACCUACGCUUCAAGAGACCAGGUUGGAUGAGAUCGACAGCGAGCCCGAGUCCCGGUAUUCCGAGCAGGUGGACCCGAGCCUGCUGAAUCUCCGCGCAGCCGCCUACCGUGGGACGUUCAAGCAUGCUUACAGCAUCCUGACGGAAAUGACGUCCAAGAUUGGCUGGGACCAGCUGCUCAAGAUCCGGAGCAACGUCUUUGUGAUGGAGGAUGAGUACCGUGAGAAGCAGGAGUCAACUAGCUACCCUAAGAAUCGCAACGCCAGCACCGAUGCUCUCCGCGGGACCCCGGACCCUACCACUAAUGGUGCAGCGUCCGAAGCCGGAGACGAAGAAGCAAAGGAGGACGCGGCGACAGCAGACAAAAAAGAGGAGCAGGAGAAGGACGAGGAGGAGGGAAAGGAAGAGGAGCAGGAAGACAGCGAGUCUGGUGUUCAGACGCUCGCUCCUAGCGGCAGGGCCGAAGACAUCGAGAGGCCUUCGAGCGCCGUUGACCCAGGCGAGGUAAAGAAGGGUGACGACAGCGGUUCUAAAGAAGACCACUUCUCGCGCCUUAACAACAAGCGCCUCUGCGAACGCUGGCUCGACAGCCUGUUUAUGGUGCUUUACGAGGACUUGCGCGUUUAUACCAUUUGGCGCACACAGAUGGCCCAGUACCGCGCCCAGAGCAUGCAGUACAAAAAGUCAGCCGAGGAGUGGGAAAUCCUGGGGUCACUGGCCGAGCGCCUGCAGCACGUCGACGAGGCCGUCGAGGCCUACCGCGCCUGCCUCGCCCAGCGCUUCAGCCCCAAAGCGCUGGCGGGCAUCCUCAAAGUAUUCGAGAAGACCAAGGGCAGCACCCGCGACACCGUGGCCGCCACCAUAAGACUGGUGACGUGGCAGUACAGGUGGUACAGCGAGUUCUCGCCCGAGCUGCUGCACACGGUGCGCAUGCUGAUCGAGGACGAGGGGGCCGUCAAGAUCAGAAGCAUCAUUCAAGCUACGAACCUGCCGCAGAAUGUGCUCGACUUGACCCAUCAUUAUGCGGCGCUAUGCGCGACAUUCAGGAGCAGUGGGACUGACGCUUAAUGGUCGGAGUAACCGGCAACAGGGAGAGAUGGCGAAUGAGGGGACGAGAUAUGAACACGAGUUUUGUGUCUGUCAUUCUUGGGGAGUGGGCUGGCUGGGAUAGGAGUGCUGUGGAGUGGUAUGGUGAUUGCUAGUCGGUAGCUUAAUCGGACGUGGGCAUGGCAAUGAUCCCAUCUUGAUACGGUGGCGUAUCGUUUGAACCCCUUUGUCCGAAACUUCGGGGUCGAAUUGCAACGAGUGACCGAUGCCGUCCAAACGGCUAUUCAGGGGAACCACGUACGAAGUAAUUACUUAUCAUUUGAGCGGGGAAGUCAACGGAGCAUUCAUCGGAGACAAAAUUCUCGUUCCCAUGUUCCCGAGUUCACCGAAGACGGGCGGCA